AUGGUGGCUUCUCUCGAGCAGUUGCUAGAUCUCAAGACUGUUAGUUUUGUGGAUAUCGUGAGAUAUCUCAAGGCUUCUGAGGAACGUAUCCUCGAUGAAGAAGAAAGUCAGGAAGAACAGAGUAAGCUAAUGUAUGUGAAUUUGGAGACUCAUGUGAGCUUCCAGAAUAGAGACUUUAGAGGAGAUUCCAGAGGAAGAGGUCGAGGAGGAAGGUUCAUGAGAGGAAGAGGUCGAGGAGGAAGAUUCAUGAGAGGAAGAGGUCGUGGACCUAAUGGAGGAAGAGAUAUAUCAAAAAUCACGUGCUUCUGGUGUGAUAAAUUGGGGCACUUUGCAUCACAAUGCCCUGAUCGCUUGCUCAAGCUACAAGAAACACAUGAAACAAAUGAAAACGAUACAGAAGACGUAGACAAGCUCAUUACGCAUGAAGUGGUCUACCUAAACGAAAAGCAUUGUGUACCAAACAAGUUCAAAACCAACAUCAAUGGAGAGAUGGUUUGGUACCUUGACAAUGGUACUAGCAAUCACAUGACUGGAGAUAGAAGAUACUUUUAUAAGCUUGAUUCAUCUAUCAUCGGAAAAGUGAGAUUCGGAGAUGAUUCAUGUAUUGAUAUCAAAGGGAAGGGUACGAUUGCUUUCACAGAUCUGAAUAGAUGA